ACAUGGAUCCGUGGACAAGCCUGGGCUCGGUUCUGGUCUCGGUGCUGUGGAUUUUAGCUGUGAACAAAGUGGAGGACUGCCGCGGAGAGGAAGUGGUUCUGCUGAAUUCAAAGGAGACUCAGGCAGAACUGGGCUGGACCUCCUACCCCCCCAACGGAUGGGAGGAGAUCAGCGGCGUGGAUGAGAAGUAUAAGCCCAUUCGGACCUACCAGGUGUGUAACGUGAUGGAGCCCUUGCAGCAGAACAACUGGCUGCAGACGAGCUGGGUGGCACGCCGCAAUGGGCAGCGCAUCUUUGUGGAGCUGCAGUUCACAUUGCGGGACUGCAACAGCAUCCCAGGAGUGGCCGGGACCUGUAAGGAGACCUUUAACCUUUUAUAUGUGGAGUCUGAUCGGGAUCUGGGCGGUGUGACCCAGGAGGACCGCUACACCAAGAUUGAUACCAUUGCUGCAGAUGAGAGCUUCACGCAGGGCGACCUUGGGGAGAGGAAGAUGAAGCUGAACACGGAGGUGCGUGAGAUUGGUCAUUUGAACAAGAAGGGCUUCCACCUGGCCUUUCAGGACGUUGGUGCCUGUGUGGCUUUGGUGGCUGUCCGGGUUUACUACAAACGCUGCCUCACAACCGUGCAGAACCUGGCGGUGUUCCCAGACACAGUGGCUGAGGCCGCCUUCGCCACACUGGUGGAAGUCCGUGGCACCUGCGUCAACAACUCAGAGGUGGAAACGGACGUCCCUCCCAGGAUGCACUGCAGCGCUGAAGGAGAGUGGCUGGUGCCCAUCGGGAAGUGCAGCUGCAGCGCCGGCUAUGAGGAGGGACACAGCAGUUGUGAAGGUUAA